UCUAAUCAACAAUCUAUUGCAACAAAAUUAAACUAUUGUGACCUUUGUGGUAUCUCAUUCGAACGUAAAUAUAAACUAUUCCAGCAUCAACUUUUGAAACAUAAAUGGAAUGAAGCACAACACGUGUGCAGCUGUUGUGACAGUAGGUUCCUGUCUGCUUCUAGUUUACUAACGCAUUUGGACAAUCAGUGUAAAAAUAAGCAUAAACGCUAUUUGUGUUUUAAAUGCCCUCGAAGAUUUAUGUGGAAGGAUAACCUUAUAAUGCAUUUACGUAUUAUACAUUUAGAGACAGAUGAUUCACAAAUUGAAGCUAAAAUUAACUCAAGCAGCAAUAAAAGAAAUAAAGCUGUUGUAUCGGAUAAAAAAUAUUUGUGCGAACUAUGUGGUUUUGCUGCAGCUAAACCAUCCAAUCUUGUCAUACAUAUGAGGCGUCAUACAGGCGAGAAACCAUUUAAAUGUGAUUUUUGCGAUAAGGCAUUUCCAAAUACAUCUGAUUUAAAGACACAUCGUCAAUCUCAUACUGGUGAAAAACCAUAUAUCUGUAAUACUUGUAAUAAAGCUUUUCCACGUGCAUACAAAUUGCGCAUACACAUGCGUACGCACUCAGGAGAACGUCCAUACAUCUGCUCUUAUUGCAACAAAAGCUUUACGCAUUCGAAAAAUCUAACCUUGCAUGUGCGUCGACAUACCGGUGAACGUCCAUUUGUUUGCGGCAUUUGUGGUCAAGGAUUUAUACAGGGUGCACAAUUGCGAAAGCAUCGCCAAUUAGUUGGUCAUCAUGAAGAUAUAGAACCCAAAAGAAAAACAUUACUAUUGGAAUAGGUAUAAUUUAGAGGGCUUGAUUACUAUUAUGAGAUAUUAUAUU